GCGAUGCGAUUGAAUGGGCUUCUGAAUAGUGGCAGCAGUGCGCUGCACGCAACUGCAAACUGGAACUAGCAAUUUUAGCAUACCAGCUAGCCAUCAAACUCGCUGUGCAUUACAUGUGGAGGAAGUAGGUGUGGGUUCCUCACGUUCGGCGCACGUUGUUGGACACACUGGGACCGAAGACAGGGGAGUCAGGACUGUAGGUGUGUGAUUGACAACAGCCUGAGUGAGGAGAGAGCGAGCAAGAGAGAGAGCCCAUCCCCUGCCAGUGUGUGCCCACAUUCCAGAGAGCUGCCAUGGAUCCCGUCCCAUCCACAGUGGUGCCAGAAGGGUUCCACUUCGAGACCCGCUACGUGCUCCUCAGCUACCUGGGCUUGCCACCUCCACCUCCGUCAUCUACGACGUACUCCUCGGCCGCGGAGGGUGGUGAUGCGAAGGAAAGGGAAAAAGAAAGGAACAGCAGAAUAAAGACGGAGAUCGACGCAGAGUUGAAGUUACUGGACGAUGAGAUUGCAGUCUCGAGUGGCUUUGACCGGCUGUCGUCGGCGGUGUUCAGCCCGGCCCAUGGGGACAGCUCAGUGGAGGACAGCCUGGCUGUGCUGGGGGACCGCGUGACCCAGGACCUGGAGCCCCAACUGGGGUCCGCCACACACACACUCCUCACCGGCCCACUAGAUUACGAAGGCUUCCGCAGUGUAGCUGAGGAGGUCUGCUGUCACACACAGGAAGGCUGGAACCAGGUCCUAGUUCCUCUGUUGUUGCUGCAGAGGUUACAGCAUGGGGGUGUGUCUCUGGCCACGCUGCUGUCUCUGGGCACACGCUUCCUCCAGGAGGCCCAGGGUGACAUCAUCAUCCAGCAGGGCGGAUGGGGUGGUGUGUUCAGUCUGGACGGCUCGCCGGACCCCGGCCUGAUCAUCGCGGAGGACAGCAACGACAUCUACAUCCUGUCUGGCGAGCAGCUCCCCCACGAGCGCCUCAGCCCCCCAGCGUCGCUCCUGGCAACCGCCGAAGGCAGCGGCCCCACCUCUUGGCAGACGGAAAGCCUGGCCGCGUCACUGGCGUCAGGGCACGAGUCCUGGGCACAGGUGGGCAUGAUGGACCCAGACGACGCCAAGAGCCUGGACAGCAACGAGGGCGUGGUGGCGCUGGCCGAGGAGCGCAGCGAGAACAACUCCUCCAACUCCGACAUCGUCCACGUGGAGCGCGAGGAGGCGGAGCUCCUGGCAGAGGGGGAGGAGCUCCAGGAGAGCAUGAUGAGCGUGCUCGGCACCGAGAGCGAGCUGGCGUCACUCCAAGCCGAGAUGAAGGACGACUCCGACCCUGCUGGUCACGCGCUGUUUGUCCCCGAUGCUCCUCAUUCCCUUGAGGUGUCGGAGGAGCCUGUGAUUUUAGAAGUGCCCGCUAGCAUGUCCUCUGCAGAGCCCACUAGUUUGUCAAUAGAGCCCAUUAGCUUAUCGUCAGAGCCUCCGAGUUCAGAACCGGUAGAUGUUGCACCUCCACCACCAGCUCCAGAACCAGUUGCAGAGUCUAAGCCUGAACCCCCUGCUCCUGCUCCAGCUGAGGCCCCUGCAGUCGUAGAGUCAGCUCCCCCUGCCCCCGAACCCCAGCCUGAGCCAACUCCAGAGCCGCCAGUUCAUGCUCCAGUUCCUGAACCGGUACCAGAGCCAGUGGUGGUUCCUGAGCCAGCACCCAUCGAGGAACCUCCAGCGGUUCCUGAGGUUCCUUCAGUGGCCGUAGUACCAGAAGUGGCGGCUGCUGCUGCUGCUGCCCCGGUACUAGAAGCCCCGGUUCCCCCUCCAGCAGAAGAACCGCCAGCAGCAGCAAGCGAGGCAACGUCAGAAGCAGCUGCUGUGCCAGAGCCAGAGCCCGAACCAGAACCAGAACCAAAACCAGAGUCGUCAGAGCUGCCGGUCCUUCUCUACGGUGGCGCUGCAUUGAUGGCCCUAGCGGCCAUGGCAGCGUACGGUGCAUUGGCCUACAGGAGGAAGUAACACAGAGCCCACACCAACAACCAAGGGUAACACUUUACUUGACGCCAGUGUCAUAUGUAUGUCUUUACAGUGUCAUAAGUGUCAUGGCAC